CACUAUAUACCAUUAGUUGACGGAUGACACCACAGAUUAGAAGUGACACUGACAUUUGACAUUUAUUUGACGUCAGUGAGUGACAGCCAGCCAGCUGACCUUUUGCCCCAGAAAAUAAACAAACAUAAUUUUUAUUCAGUAGCGCAAAAACAUACGCUCUGACCUAAAUAUUCAUUAAAUAAAUUAAUUAUAGCAGUGCAGUGAAAGUAUUUAAGAAUUUAUAAGUAAACUAUGGCUGUAUACGCUGCUCACAUUACACGAACUCUUCAGGGAACUCCUUCAAUUUUCCAAGUUACAGCCCAAGAUGCGCUGGGUUCUACUGUGAAGCCGGCCCUGAAGAAGUUAAUCGAGUACUUAGCAGCUACGUACCCAAACAAGUGCGGGUGGUGCGUGCGCUGGUACGAUGAGCUGUACCUUCUCUUUGACUGCUGUCUGCAGUACCACUACCUCAAACAUUAUGCGGCAUCAUUCUCGGAGAGCUUCUACGGCCUGCUGCGAGUGCCGGUGUCCUUCAGCGCCGAGCUCACGCCGCAGCACAAGCGCCUGCCCUACUGGCUGGAGAAGGGCUCGCUGGCGCUGCUGGUGCUCAUACCGUACUUGAAGGACAAGCUGGAGAGGGUCGUCGACCGCUGGCGCGAGGACGACGAGGACGGGAGGCUUGGGAAGGGCACCCCGGCCAGCGUCCGACGCGCGGCCAUCAAGCUGUACGCCCUCGUCCACUUGACGUGCUCGUGCGCGCGGCUCGUGCAGUGCGCGCGCUACCUGACGGGCGCGUCGCGUGCUCACGCGCCCGCGUUGGCCGCGCUAGGGCUGUCGCUGCGCGCCGCGCCGCCGCCGCCGCCGCAGGAACACACGUGGGGUGACCUGGCCAGGAGUGUCAUGACUGGACAGAUUGGGCAAGCCGUGGUAACGUUCCCGAUGCUGGGCGGGCUGGCACUGCGCGCGGUGGAGUACGGCGCCUUCGGCGUGCAGUUCCUCCGCUGGUGGGACUCCGCGCACCACCACAGCGAGGCGCUGCCCGCGCCGCCGCCGCCGCAGAAAGAACAACGCCACGAGAGGUUAAAAAACAAAUGCCCCAUCUGUCUAAGAACGUGGAAGAUUCCUACGGUGCUGCCAGUGUCCGGGUACGUAUUCUGCUACGUAUGCAUCUCGCGGCACCUUCGUACGGACCACGCCUGCCCGCUCACGCGCUACCCGGCGCGAGAACACGACCUCGUAAGGCUCUACGUCGACUGAGUAAGGACCUCGUACGAGGCUCUACGGGCACGGUUGAGGUGGCUUCUAUGGAGGCUGAACGUUGACUAACAUGGAACUAGCUUGGGCGCUGUGAGUGGUUACUUUACUUUUACGGUAGGGUAGCCUACUUAUAGCAGAGUAAAUAUAAAUGAGUAGGUCAUCUUCAUAGAAACAU